UGGGCAGUGAUUCUGCUUUCUGAGUCAAAGGCCGUUGGUUCAAUUCCCGCAACUGGGCAAUGUGUGGUGUAUAUAAAUAUUUUUAGGGCGUGGGUGUUUAUUGUUGUUGGAUUUUAUGUGUGCCAAAUCAGCACAUUUAUAUAGUAACUUUGACUAAAAUAAACUAAUCUUUAAUCUGUGGAGCAAAAUAAUAGAACCCAAAGCCGUAGCCUGUAAAGUCAUAAAACGAGUGCGGACUGCAGAUUGGGGACAGGGAAACUAAUAAAGUCCGGAUAACAUUUCUGUAUUAUAGUAUUUUACUAAACAAAACCAAGUUACAAAUAGAUUAGAUGUGUGGUAACUUAUUGUGUGGCUAAUUGACUCCAACUGAGCUGAAACGAAGAUAAUUAAUAAAGGUGAAAUAAAGACAACAAACUGAAAGAAAAUCUAUUUUUGUUGCUGUUCAUGUAUUUACUUCUUGCUUCAAGCGAACCAGAUAUCCAAUUUCGUUAAUUGGCACGAAGCAAGAUUAUUGCUAUCAAGAAAUGGAUGACAUAGUGUUCAUCGGUGAUUGGAUAAAAGACAGACUUCUAGGAUCGGGAAGUUUCGGUACAGUUGUUCUAUGGAGGCAUAAAAAUAAUGAUCAGAAACUCGCAAUCAAGACUUGUAAAUGGGGCGAUGAACUGACCACCAAACACAGAGAACGAUGGACGAAAGAAGUGGAAAUGUUACAGCAGUGCAACCAUCCGAAUAUUGUAGGUACAAUAGAAUUACCACCAGAGUUCUUAACUGGAUUGGAGCGAGCAAAUCCUUCUAAAUUACCUAUUCUAUGCAUGGAAUACUGCAGUGGAGGGGACUUGAGACAAGUGCUAAACAAGCCAGAUUCUUGCUGUGGGCUAAAAGAGGUACAAGUACGUAAAAUAUUAAAAGACUUAGGUAGUGCAAUGAAAUUUCUUCAUAGCAACAAGAUUACUCAUCGUGAUCUUAAGCCAGAGAAUAUUGUGAUGUGCAACUCUGGGCCUAACACUGAUCAAAAUCAAUCUAAAAUUACAUACAAAAUAAUUGACCUUGGUUAUGCCAAAGAAAUAGAUUCCAACUCAAUAUGUGCAAGUUUUGUAGGCACAUUACAAUAUUUAGCCCCUGAGCUCUUUUACAGCAAAACAUAUAGUAAUUCUGUUGAUUUUUGGUCAUUUGGACUAAUUGCUUUUGAAAUCAUGUGUGGCACUCGACCUUUCCUACCAAAUAAAGCUCCUGUUGAAUGGAUGCCUGUUGUUAAAAAAAAAACUCAUGAUGUAAUAUGUGUGUAUGAAACAUUUCACAAUGAUAUCAAUUAUUCAAAGGAGAUCUUCCCUGAAAAUCAUAUUUCAAGGCCUUUAAAAGCCUCGAUAGAGGAUUGGCUUAGAGUAGCACUAGAAUAUGAUCCAAAAUUGAGAGGGAGAGAUGCUCCAUCCAAAGUUACAUUUGCUAUUCCAUUGGAAGACAAAGGAACAAAUGCUGCAAGUAAUGUUGUGAUAUUCAGUCUCCUUGAAAGAAUUCUUUCUAAAAAAAUUAUCAAAGUAUUCUCAGUCACCACUUUAUCUCAUAUAGCUUACCAGAUUGAUGACACAACAACUAUACUUACAUUGAAAUCCUGGAUAGCUGAAGACACUAAGAUUGCUACAGAUAAUCAAACCAUAAUAUCACAAAUGACAUACAUUGAUAUUGGUAAUGAAGAGUUUGUUAUAAAAUAUUGGAAUGAUACCAGCACUGUAAUGUUGUUCGUUUAUAAUAAAAGGCUAAUGGUUGAUGAAAACUCAGCACCCAUUGUACCUAAGGCUGUCCAAAGAUGUCUUGAGCUCCACAAGGGUUUGUACAACUUCAAGAAUAGCCAAACUUUGUACAGAAAUGCUUUCUAUUUUGUCAUAUCACAAAUGGAUAUAUAUGAUGCUGUUAUCAAUGGUAUUUACUCCAGAGCUGAAUCUUUGAAACAGAAGAGUAAACUGUUGCUAGUCAAGCAUAAUACCACAGAUAAAAAUUUGGGUAGGCUCCUUGCUAAAGUUGAAAUUGUCACAAAAAUGACAGAGCUAGGCAAAAACCACAUUGAGAGUUUAAAAGAAAAUGGUGUUGGAACCAAUUUCUUAGGUGGGUUUGGAAAAACUUUCAAAAAUGCUGAUGAAUUAGUUGAAAAGACUCAGAAACUUCAAACAGCAUGGUCACAGUUAACUGUAAGACUGCAAUCAGCAGCAAGGCGUAGUAAUGAAGGCAUAUCUAAUGAACUCAACAGCUUUGUAGCUAAAUAUAACUAUCAAAAUAUGUUUACAAAUGCAUACAAAACAUUUACUUCACACAAAAAAACUGACUUCUUCAAUGACAAUAGAGAAAAAGAGAGGCAAUGUCCAGAAAUAGUGAAACUUUGCUAUGACUGUUUAAAGCUCAGAAGUAAAAUUUUACAAGAACUCCAGCGCCAACAGUUUUUGUUGAAGCUAAAGGAUUUGAGCACUGAGUUUUCUAAAAUCACUGAAAUAGUUUCUAAGGCCACUGAAAAUACAGAUAAAUUAACUAGUGACUUAUCUUCACUAUUAGAUGAAUUCAACAACUGUGUUUGGUCUACUAUUAGUGUUGUAGUGAGAGAUGCAGACAAUGUGGCUGAUCUGCCUUACAGUGUUGUUUCUUUCCAAAAACGAGACUUCCAGAUUGGAGAGUCAGUUUCAAACCAUUGUAGCCCUGUACCAAAUGAAUUAAGAGAUGAUUCUAUAAAAUCACUCAUAUCUGAAAGCUUGAUGUUGAGGCAAAAUCAUGGUAAUCUUUGUGAUAAAUUGGAAAUGCAAAAGAAGUUGUUGCAGCAAACAAUAUUUGAUUUUAGUUUCCUAAGUGACAAUAAUCCAUGAAAUAAUGACUUAAUAUGUUAAACAUUGUUAUAUUUGAAAUAUCUGUUGUUAAGUACUAAGUACUUUGGUUCUAAAAAAGUUUUAAUUUGAUCACAAAUAAUCUAUCAAAGUUGGAAAUCUUUGGAAAUGCGAAUUUGAAGCAUGCACACUAUUUCUGUUACAAAAAUGUCGGUAUUGUCUUUUCAUUACUUUUUUAUGUAAUGUUUUCAAAAUAUAAAAUUAAUAAAAACAGACAUGG